CUACUAAAAUCUUUUAUACAUGACUCACUAUACACUCCCAUACGUCUUGUAUUCUUCACCGGUGAAUUGGAAUCUAUGUCAUAAUAUCUCAAUAUUCAAGACAAUAAAUAUUCAUAAUGAGUGAACAGGCAAAGAAGAAGUUUAUGAGUGCCGUCGAGAAAACUCGCGCCCCUGCUGAUGAAAAAUCAGCGCCGGCAGGUAUCAAGAUUCAAUCGACUACAGGAGGUGAUAACCCGAAGGCUGGAGGAUCAUCCUUCAGACCCAUCGCCAAAGGCGAAACAAAUUCGUCGAAUUACGUUCCUGCUGAAGGUCCGUCAACCUGA